AUGUCAGGACUGUCUGUCUGUCUGUCUGUCUGUUAUUCUGACGAUAGUGGUAGAAACUCUGAUAAUUAUGGAAGUGAGAAUGAAGGUGAAGAGUUUGAUAUAGAUGAUACAUUACCAAUCCUUGCCAAGAUACAAAAGUAUAUAAAGAGUGACGUUGUCUUGCAUAGAUUAUAUGUAGUUAGAGAGUUUUCAGAGUUAUUAAAGGUAGAAACUUACAAGGUAUUGGACGAUGUAUUUUUACCUAUUGUAGAAUCAGUGGUUACCGAUCAGGAACCCGUCAUCAGACAGGCAUUGGUCGAACAGAUUCCACUGAUUGCCAAAACAUUCAUUGACAUAGGUGUUGAGCAUGGUUACUCCAAACUCUUGACCCUACUCUUGCCGAUCGUGGCACAACUGACCACCGAUCGAAAUCCCCAAGUGAGAAUGUCAGCAAUCGAGUCACUCCAAGAGAUGGCCAGAUUGAUCAAACACGAGGAUCUCGAAUUACAUCUCAUUCCAUUCGUUAGAAGUCUAGUGAAUGACUCUACUGAAGAAGAACAUCGUGUUCAAGCUGCAAAUUUAUGUCAUAAUUUAGCACCAAUAUUUGGUACUCCGUUAACUCAACAGAUAUUCUUACCAUUCGUUUCAAAGUUGGCGUGUGAUCCAUCAUUUAGAGUUAGAAAAGCAAUCGCUGGUAAUCUUGGUAACAUUUGCGAAACCAUCGGAGUUGCUGCAACUACCGAGCAUAUUUUACCAAUAUUUGUAGAUCUAUCAAAAGAUGAAAUUUGGUCAGUCAGAAAAGGAUGUGCUGAGGUUUUGGUAUCAGUUUCACAGAAUGUAUCGCCAAUUGAAAGAUAUUCAAAGUUAAUUCAGGUUUUCGAGCAGUUUGUUGUUGAAGAUCCAUCUAGAUGGGUUAAUGGUACAGCAUUCCAAAACUUGGGACCAUUCAUUGCUACAUUCGACGGUUCACAGGUAACACCAAAGUUGUUGAGAUACUUUACAGAGAUGAUCUUGCCUGCCAGCAUCAGAUUCCCUGAUAGUGACCUCGUUACACACUGUGCAUUCAAUUUCCCUGCUGUCUUAUAUACCGUUGGUAGUUCACGUUGGUCAGAGUUAUCAGAGACCUAUUUCAGUUUAGUUAAUGAUACAAAUUGGAAAGUUAGAAGAUCAUUAUCUCAUUCACUUCAUGAAAUCGCUAAAAUUCUUGGACCAGCAGAGACAAAGCGUUCACUUUUGGCAACAUUUAACUUAUUCUUACAGGAUCUAGAGGAAGUCAAGGUCGGUGUUAUCAGACAUUUCGCAGAGUUUCUAGAGUCUAUCGAACCAUCUCUCAGAGAAGAGUAUAUCACUACACUCAAAUUCAUUUUAGAUCCAAACAAGUGGAGAUUUAGAAAAUUAAUUUCAAAACAACUAGGAAAAAUAUGUGAAUUGUUCAAGCUUGAAACUAUACUCACAAAUAUUACACCGAUUUUAAUCGAAUUGUUGACCGAUCCAGUCAGUAAAGUAAGAAACUAUGCUGCAAGUGGUGUCGGUAGUUUAAUCACUAAGAUUCAGAAUCAACCAACAAAAUCUGAUGGUACCACCGUCGAUGCUGACGAUAUAUCAAAGAUGUCCGAUGAUAUCUUGGAAAAGUUGAAAUCAUUUGCAACCGAUCAAACUUAUGCAUCAAGACAAAUAUAUACAAGAAUAUGUUAUUAUUUAGUUGACCAAAUUGAUUUACAUUAUUUCGAAGCACACUUCCUACCUUUGCUACUUCGAUUGGCAGACGAUCCAGUCCCCAAUGUACGUUUGGUGACUGCAGAGGUAUUGGCUACAAAGAUUGCCACCAAAGAGGUAUUCGCAAAAAAUGUACAGCUUAUUGAAUCUCUUGAGAAAUUACAAAAGGAUAAAGAUAAAGAUGUAACAUACUUUGGAUCUAUCAUUAUCAAUAAUAAUAAAAAUAAUAAUAAUAACAAUAAUAAUAAUUUAAAUAGCAACAUCACUAACGAUAAUAACACCACCAACGAUAACAACAAUAAUAACAAUAAUAAUAAUAAUGAUAACAACAACAAUAACAACAGUAGUGCUGAUGAUGAAAAUAGUAAUAGUAAUAGUGUAAAGUCAACUAACGAUACAUCAGAAAAUAACACUUCUGUCGAGAAUUCAGCUAUAUUCAAUUUUCAAAGUCUUUUGGUUGUAAUUUUACUGUUUAUUUGCACAUGCACCUAUAUUAGAAGUUCAUAUCCAAAGUUAUUAGAGGUUAGAGAUAGACAUAGUAUAUCAGGUUUACCUUGGAAGGCUGCACGUAUUGGUGAAAGAUUGAGUCCAUGGGUAUCUGUUGCAUGUAUCAUUAUGGGUGUUGUAUUAUUGUUUUAA